UCGUCAUCUGGGCGGCGCCCAGGAGGUCGCCUCUGCCCAAGUCUGCCCACCCGAAGAUGGCUCGCGCCCACCCUGGGCUGGCGCCCAGUGCCUGAGGUCCUUACCAUGGUGAUGAUCCUAAGUCGAAGCCUCGACAAGCAGGGAGCUGACCCCGUAGCGUGCAGGACCUUCAGCCCUGAGCUGCACACGCCAAAGAAGAUGAGUCAAGGACCGACACUUUUCUCUUGUGGAAUUAUGGAAAAUGACAGAUGGCGAGACCUGGACAGGAAGUGCCCUCUUCAGAUCGACCAGCCGAGCGCCAGCAUCUGGGAGUGCCUGCCCGACAAGUGUCAGGACAGCGCUCUGUGGCACCGGGAGGCCGCGACUGCCUGCGCGGUCACCAACCUGAUCAAAGACCUCAGCCUCAGUGACCACAACGGGAACCCCUCAGCGCCCCCCAGCAAGCGCCAGUGCCGGUCGCUGUCCUUCUCCGACGAGAUGUCCAGCUGCCGAACAUCGUGGAGGCCCUUGGGGUCCAAAGUCUGGACUCCUGUUGAAAAGAGGCGCUGUUACAGCGGGGGCAGCGUCCAGCGCUACUCCAACGGCUUCAGCACCAUGCAGAGGAGCUCCAGCUUCAGCCUCCCGUCCCGCGCCAACGUGCUUUCCUCGCCCUACGACCAGGCGGGACUUCACCACCGAUUUGGCGGUCAGCCCUGCCAGGGGGCGCCGGGCUCGGCCACGUGCAGACAGGCAGGCGACAUCUGGGGCCCCGACCCGAGCCCCGUGGGCGGGGCCCGACUGGACAUGCAGCGGUCGCUCUCCUGCUCGCACGAGCAGUUCUCCUUUGCGGAGUACUGUCCCCCCUCAGCCAGCAGCACCCCUGCCUCGACGCCGGAGCUGGCCCGACGCUCCAGUGGGCUCUCCCGCAGCCGCUCGCAGCCGUGUGUCCUUAACGACAAGAAGGUCGGUGUCAAGCGGCGUCGUCCCGAGGAGGCGCAGGAGCAGAGGCCCUCCCUGGACCUGGCCAAGAUGGCCCAGUGAGGCCAGUGGCUGCUCAAAGAACCGGAACUUCUCCCAGCAACCCCCCCGCCCCCGAUUCGUCAUCCCCGUCAUCCCCUGGGCGGCUGGCCCAGGACUGCCCUCCUCGGACCUUCACUGGCCCUUGGGACAGGUUUACCGUCCAGUCAAACGAACUCCACCCCGAGAGGGAAGAAGAAAUCCGCCCAUAAAAGAAGAUGCUUCAUAAUGAGAUUCAAGGCGGCCCCACUCAGCAUACGGUACCAAGCCGAAUGGGUACGUGGCUAAUUACGUUUAAUUACAUAUCAUUUAAAUUCAAGAAUCCGUUAAAAGAAAGGAUUGCAUUAGCAGCCGGCCGCUGUUUGCCAACACACAGAGGAAAUCGUGGACUUUUAUGUCUUAAUUACGUGAUGCUGCUGUGGGCUGUGGCUCUCAGGGAGCCGGGUUUCAUGGAGGGGACGCUUCCUGGGCCCGCCCCCCUCGAAGCCCCCGAGGCAGCUAUGCACGGCCUAACUGGCCAGGAGAGGCCUCCACUGCACGCUGGCCAGUGACCUGCAACCCACGGGGCCUCAAAGAUGUCACACUACAGAAGCUGAACCGAGAAACCCAGCAAAGACAUGCCCUUUGGCAGUGGGAACAGAAACGGACGGUAAUGGACAAAGGGGCCAAGAGACGCCCCUGGCUUUGAGCAGGCCCUGCCCGGACAGGGCUGCACGCGUGGGGAAGGAAGGGGAGAGGCGGGCACAGCUGGGCCGGGAGGGCUGAGACGGGAGCGGGGAAGAGACAGACAGGCAGACAGAGGACACAGAGAGACACACACACUGAGGAAGAGAGACGGAGGGAGGGAAGAGAGAGGGGCAGAGAACAGAGCAGCAGAGGAAAGAAGGUGGGAGAGAGCAGGGGGCAGAGAGACACACGGAGGGAGAGGAGCAGAGAGAGGGAUGGAGGGAAGGAAGCGAGAAAGAGAAGCAGAAAGGAGGAGAAAGAGAGCACAUAGAGGUGGGGAGCAGACACCAGAGUCUCCCGGGCAGAGAGUGGGCUGUGCCCUGACCACCCCUCCGCCCCACUGGGACUUAGGAGAAGCCCCCUCUCCCUGCACCCACAGGCUCAGCUGAGGCUCGGCCGGGGCCCCCACGGGGGUCACGGUUGCGCCUCCCCUGCCCCAGGCCCACACAGGGUGGGCUCCCUGCUCCGUCCCCAACCAGCUGUCUCUUCACUUCCCUGAGCCUCAUUUUCCCCAUCUGUAAGGUGGGCAUAUGGCCCGGCUCUCAGGGUCACUCUGAGAAUGAAGCCCCUGGCACCUCGCCUGCACGUGCCGGCCCUCGAGCCGACGCCAGGGUCGGCCUCCUGCCCUCUGCCCUCGGCCCUCCCAGGGCUCACUGUCCAGUCCCACACUCACAGUCGUGACCAGGGCUGGGAAGGGAAGAAAAAGGUGUGGGGUCUGAGGGAACUUACGGGGGGAUGUGCGGGGGUCAGGGAAGCUUCUGGAAAAGGGGGCACGAGGCUGGAUCCCUGCCCCCGCCAUCCAUUUGAGCAUGGCCCUCAGGUCCCUCCCCAAAGUUGGAGGCAGAGGCAGGUUCCCUGGGUGCUUGUAUGGCUGAGGGGCAGCAGAUCCUCCCCCUCUUGUCAACAGCUCCCCCCUCUCCCUGUGUAAACUCUGCUGAGGCUCCCUAUCACCCAUGUCACAGCCCAGCUCCUCAGCAGAGCAGACAAGUCCGUCCCAACUGGGUGUCCUCCCGGUCACCCAGUGUCCAGGGCCCACUGCUCUUCAGACAUUCCACGCUCUCCCACACCUCUGUCCACGCUACGUCCCGGAAUGGCAUGACCACCAUGUCCUGCUCCACCUGCAAACUCCUAUUCAUCCUUCAAAGCCUCACCCACUUGUUCCCGUCUCCAACUCUACGCUCCGUGGCGAGCUGCUCUCUUUUCUGAGCACCCAGAACUUGCCCGCCCCUGCCAAACCCUCGUACCAUUCUGGCUGGGCACCAGCUGACCUGGGCUGCCUAGAGGGAGGGGGGCCAGGCUUCCUGCACCAGUGGCUGCCCACACAGGCCUGGCCCACACAGGCACCCAGGAAGUGUCUGCCGACCAGUAAAUGAACAAAGGCCCCCACCCAGCAGGGCGCCGCCUGUCAUUAGUUAUUCCGCCCCCUCACGCCCCUUGAGCCCGGGGAAGGAGGGAAUGACAGAAGCAGAGAACAAGGCCAAUCUGUGUCGGCCUGGACGGCCUCACAGGGACGAUCUCUGUACCAGCCCAAGGAAAAUUGCAGCUGGACGCCCAGCAAGGACCGUCUCCGUGCCCACCUGGCUCCGCCGACCGAGGGGACACAGGUGCAGCCUCUCCCCGUGAAGUUCUCGAGGAGACAGCGCCGCCCACCACCAGCUCCCCACCUGGUCUGUUCCAGGGCAGGGCCGGGCAGAGGCUCCUGAGACCGGAGGCCACGGCACUGCCCGCACAGGGAGGGGCGUGUGUCCUUGUCCUGACUGUUAUCCAAGGGCCGGCCACACCCCUGGUGGCUGAGGGCCGGGCACUGGGGCGGGCUGGCCACGUGGAUUCAGGGAACCGGGCCGUGGCUCUGGGAGGUUGACGCCACCGAGACUGACGCCAACUCCGGGCUGUGCUGACGACGUUGGAGAAAAAGGACAGAGGGCUUGGAUUCACAUGGGGCCGGAGGUGACGAGGCUGGGCCGAGGGCGUCUUUCCAUCUGAGCCCCAGGAGUUCCAGAGCCAGGGCCCGAGUGUUUGUGUCUAAGGCGGCGCAGGCCAGAGCAUGGCCUCCGGCAAACGCCCGGGGGAGGGUGCCUGGGAUCCGCCGCCUCCCGCCCUCAUCCACGCUUUUCUGAAGGCUGACUAUGGGGUUCCUGCCACCAGCCGUGGCCCAAACGUGAGACCUGCGGCACGGGGCUUCCUGCCGUCCACCUGCUGGCCCAGGACGCUCUCCGUCAAGAGGGCAGCUUGCUGGGACCCAGUGGGGCAGCCAGCGAUCCCCGGCCUGGGCUGGCUGCUGGCAGGUGCCACCUCGCAGUGGGGUGGCCAGGAGGGAGCUCACUGCCACAGAUCUCAGAGGCAGAGCAGGGCGGGCGGGGCAGGCCCAGGCCUGGGCAGACACCCCGGGCACCUCCGGGAGCCGCGGUUCCUGCCGCUGACGCAGAAACCUACGCAGGAGCUGCUCCCCGCGGAGCCCACGCCCCGUUCUGCUGAGGUCCGCCGAGCCCGGCUUCACAAGGGGACUCUGACCCAUCCCUGCCUGCAGGGAGGCCACGCCGGAGACGAGGACCCAGGCCCUGUGCCGUCCUGCCUGGGCCGGUCAUCAGCUCCAGCCUCAGAUCCCUGUCCUCACUCAGAAACCUGCUCAGGCCUCAGGCCUGUGGGCCCCAGCCCCACCCACCAGAGCCUCGGUUCCCACCAUCCACCCUCAGACCACGUGCCUGGGCCCAGACUCGGCCCAACACCUGGGACAGGCCAGCCUGGAGCCCCCGAGCCCCACCUGGGGACCCUGCGGCCCGGGGCCCCUCCUGGCCCUGAUGGGAGAGACCUGCCCUCCCCCCGCCCAGCCGGCUCACGCAGACGGGCACUUCUUGGGGGGAUGCUUUAAAAUCACAGAGGGGAAAAGCACUGAGAUAAAAACCCAGGCCUAGGAUAGUCCUCGCCUCAGGCCCCUCUGAGGACCAUGGCCCCCUGGCCUGGAAAGGGAAUGGGGACACACUUCUGUCGCCUGGGAUCCCCCUUGAGGUCAGAGCUCUGCCAGGGGAGGUGGCCGCGCCCCAGAGCUCCCUUUCCUGGCGGGCGUCUGGGCCUCUCCCGUCUGUCUGGCUGUCUGCUCAUCUGUAACGGGCAGGGGUGGGGAAGGGGGAGAGGUAAGCUUCCCCCAGAGCACCCCCUCCCCCUGGGAGUCUUUGUGCAAAUGAGAAAGAGGCGCGCCCUGGUGAGCCGGGCCCCUCACGGAACUAACAGUGGAGCCUCCAGCCGCCAGCGGACAUCAGCCGGGGAGGGGACAGGACAUCGCAGGUUGGCUGCCUCCCCCUCCCCCUCCGCCCAGCCUCUGAUGGGAGGAGGAUCUAAAGAUGGGGGAGGGUUCCUGAGCCCCCACCUAGGAGACACACUCUCCUUGCAAGUGCACGUGGGGCCUGGGGUGUGCCAGGGGUACUACCCAGAGAGAGGGGAGGGCCACGUCUGUGCGUUCCACCUUGCAGCCUGGGCGGUCCUGCGGUGCCCCUUUCCUUCAGGCAGGUGGCGCCCCAGGGCCCAGAACCCCACCCUGGCUGACCCAUCCUCCAGCUGGGAAGGACCAGGAGUCUCUCCCACAAGGAGGAGGCACUUGCUGGGCCGGUCCCAGAGGCGCUGAGCCCUGGCGUGUGACCCGAGGCAGGGGAAGGGACCUGCCACCGACUAGAGGUCGCCCGUCCCACCCAGCCGGCCGGCAGGCUCUGGGAUGCGGGCAAAGCUCACCUGGCUGGGGGAUGGGUGAGCCACAGACACUGCGCCAGAAGGACAAGGGGGACAACUGGGCACUGGCCCCCCACGGCUGCUGAGGGGGGCUUUGAGGAGCAUUUCCCAUGUGCCCUGCACAACGCCCCACGAUGGGCACCGUGUCCGGCCUGUUCUAGAGGUGAUGACACAGACCCAAGACGGGGAGGAACCCGCCCAAAGUCCCACGGGCAGUAAAUGGCAGCGCUGGGACUUCACUCCUCUGUGUCCGGAUUUAAAUCCGGGCUCAUUCUAGGGAUUCUUCCCUUGGCACGCAGGACAUACUCUGCAUCUGGGAAUCACUGAUGUGCGCUGGUCAACCUCCGGCCAGGCCGAGAGCCCUGCGGGCAGGGGUGCACCUCACCUUUGGGUCAGCUCCAGGCCAGAGACGGCCCUUGGAAGUGUUUGCCAGCUUUGACUAACGCCCGGAGGAUAGCACGGUGUUUGUGAAAAACCAACGAGGAAAAUGAAAGAGGAAAUGAACGAGGAAACGGUCCACACUGGAGCUGCACAGCCUUCCGUGGCUGGGCGUGCCCGGGCAGAACGGCGGAGAAGCCAGAACUCCUCACCUGGGCCUCGGGGUCGCCAGCACCCAGCGCCAGGCCUGCUCCGGCCACAGGAGCAGCCGGGCAGAGGGCAGCGGGGGCCUGAGCCCAGCGGGGAGGGAUUUCACCGUGGACCCUGGCACCCGCCCUGGGGGCCCUCUGCCCGCAGGGAGGAAACGGGCCUGUUUACGGCAUGUUUCAGCCUGGCGGCACCUUGUUAACCAGAACUGACCCGACGCGCCAGCUGCUUCCUGCACGGCUCUCACUGCCCAUCGGCUGCAGGCAGCUGAGGUGCGGAGAACAAAGGUGGGACACACAGAGAUGCGAGGGUGGUGCCGCGCGGCCGCCCACCAGCACGUCGGCGGACUCGAGAAACUCCCUCACACUGACAAACAAGGUCCCUUGAACCCCCAGCCCUGGCUGGAGCCCCUGCCUCAGCCUUUGCCCAAGUCCUAUGCACAGCGAGGCCAGAGUCACAAACCGGUGGCCCCUGGACGUGUCUGGUUGGGCCCACAUAGUGUUUUUCAAGAACAGGAGCUGGACAUUUCGCUUCUUUUGAAAAGCUGAAAGAUUCAGUAACGAUGGGCCGGGAUUCCACAGGCAAAACUGAGCUGCUGCAGUGUGGCAGCCGCUCCCUUGAGUGCGGCGAGUGGCUUCAAGUUUACCACACUCCCAGCACUCUCUACUGCCUCCCUAUCCUUAGAGCAGGCCGUCAGUCCCCUACAUUUCCUGCCUGCCCCUGCGGGCCUCUGACUUUGCUGCCCUGCACCGACCACCGGCUCUCUGGGACUCGUUUCCCAAGGAACGAGUCACCUCCCCGAGGAAGCCUUUCCCCAGCCCUGACCUCGGUUAGGUGCCCAUUCUGUGCUCCGUGGCACCUGUGUCGACCCCAUCGGAGCAUCUGUCACUCCCCUGUAGGUGUCUGGUUACCUGUGUGACGCUCCCCCCAGACUGUGAGCUCCCUGGGGGUCAGGGGCAUCCCUGGGGGGCCUUACGCUGGGAGCCGCCAGGGACAGGGACGGUCAGCCGACUGCCUGAGCAGACGAGCAAGUGGCCUCCUUCCUUCUGAUCAUCUGGGAGCUGUGUGUCAUCGCCAGGCAUCUUUCCCUGUGAGCCCGGGCUGUCCUAGAAAUCUCGGCGGGGGGCCAGUCCGUCCCCAUAGCCAAAGGGCAAUGGGCAGAAAGGCGGGUGUCUGGGGCUCAGGGCCUGGGAGCCCCCGCCUGGCCUCACCAUCCUGUUCCUGCCUAGAGCCCAGGCCCCAGCCUGCGGGGCACACACAGGCUGGAUCCUCACCUCCCCGGGGAGGCCCCGCUGCCCAGCCCCCAAGCGCCGGAGCUCUCAGUCUGGGUAGCAGCGCCAGGCCACAGAGAACCUUCUGGAGAACCAUUUAGCAGAAUGAAAAACGCCCUCUCCCCCAAACCCAGACUCUUAGAAGCAUGAAAAUGUCAACAGCCAGCCUGGGCCGGCCCUGUUCGUGGCCAGUGUAACCGAAGCCCAAGAGGCCAGCCUCCUCCCCACCCCCCAGGCCUGCGGGGCUCUGCGUCUUCACGCGAAGCAGGCUCCAGCAUCCCAGGGCAGCGCCCUAAGCAGAGCUGCAGGUGCGGGGUUGGAAGCGGAAGCACGUGGAAGCUGGGGGCUGCACAAAGCCGGCCGCAAGGGGUCUGAGGGGGUCUGGGCAGGGUGCCCGUCACCGUGCGGCUCCCCACCACCACCAAGACUAAAUCCAGUCUCCCUAACACGGCCCAUGAGCGGGCUCCAGAGCCUGCCAGCCCCCGCACUGCGCCCCUCCCCACGACCCCCCGGCUCUACGUUCGUCCUGUCAUGCUCUCGAGCCUCCCGUGCCACUGCCUGGAACAUCCUCUCACGCCCGCUCCCCUCCGCACGGCCCGACGCAGAAAGAACCAGCCCCACCACGGUCUCAGGACCCAUCCUACCCGCUGAAUGAAUGAAUGAACAGCCCCAUGGCCUCAGGGACGCUGGGAAUCCAGUUGGGACCUCCCAGUGUCACGGGAAGAGCACCCCAAAGUGGGUGGCUCUGUCCCUGGAGCAGACGUAGCUCCCUGGGAGGCAGGGAACCCCCGGGGCACCCCAGGUCAGCCCUGAGUGGUCAGCCAUCACACGCCCCCGUGGCUCCCACAGGCUGUUGAAUAGCGAGGGCGGUUUCUCUCUUCUUCCCCUUUCCUUGUUCCCAGAAGGCAUGUCGGGCCUGACCCCAGAGGUCCCUGAUUACAGCCACGCCCGGGCCGGGGCGCGGGAAGGAGCGCUGCAGAGGGCGGUGGGUUGCCUGCUGGGCCUGGCAGAGGAUGCCUGACCAGGGGUUGGACUGGGCUGGCCCUGACUGCCGUGUGACCUUGAGCAAACGCUUGGAGACUUGACUCUCUUGUCUGUAAGUGGGGCUGAAAAGACCCCCUCCCAGGGCCAUGGUGGAGACGCAGGGAGAUGAUGCAUGGCGGGGCCCCCGGCAGAUGCGCGGUCUGGGUAGGGGGAUGGGCGGCAGGCGCUGGACAGGGCUGGACGAAGAGCCCUCGUGGGCCACUCUGGCCAAGGGGAGGGGCAAGGCCUCAUCUGUGCACGGGAAGCUCACCUUGGGCUCGGUGUCCGGGGAGCACGUACCAUCUGCAGAGACGGUCCUGAGGACCACGAAUCUCAGGGAGGCCUUCCCCAAGGGACAGCCAGGCCGCCCAGGACAAGUGCUGUGCUCCUGCUUGGCGGGGGAGGGGCGAGCCGGGCAGAGGGCAAUGCGAGACCUGCAGAGACGCCGCAUGGCUGGGCCCAGGGACGCUGGACUCCUCUGAGAGGGAAGGGGCAGCCUCUGGGGGACGCUGACCCAGCUGUGCCCCCAAGCCUGCCCUUGCGGCCCGCUUCUCCAAGCUGAUGGGAUGCUCUAUUCAUGAUAUUAUUCAUAACAGUGACAGUCACUGAGCGCCCCCUCCCUCGGGGACCUGGUGAGGGAACAUACAUGCUAUAGCUGCUUUGGUUUGUGCAGCAGCCCAGGAGAUAGGUGCUACUGCCCCCAUCUUACAGCUGACAAAACAGAGGUUCAGAGAGGGUAAGUGGCCUGCCCGGGGUCACAGAGCAGGGCUGGCAGGCCUGUCUGCCUUCCCAACCUGCCGGAAGCACUGUCCAAACCCCACCAGGAGCCAGAGGGCUGGGCUAGCAGGCGGCAGGCAGGGGUCCACCUAAAAAGCUCACUUAGGCAAAGGGACGGGUUUGCUGGGGGCUGGGCAUCUGGCCUCGCAGCAGAGGAGCCCCUGACAGCUGUUCAGAAUACUUUGAUAAAAACAUGUUGAACACCUGGUGUGUGUUUAGAUUAAAACAAGCUGGCCCAGACCCUUUCGAUGUGCUCUCCAACGGCCAAAUCCCCCGAGAGGUCCACCUGCACCCCGACCCGGGCCCACAGCGGCAGUGGUUGAGAAUCUGCCUGCUAAUGCAGGGGACACGGGUUCGAGUCCUGGUCUGGGAAGAUCCCACAUGCUGCGGAGCAACUAGGCCCGUGAGCCACAGCUACUGAGCCUGUGCAUCUGGAGCCUGUGCUCUGCAACAAGAGAGGCCGCGAUAGUGAGCGGCCCCGCUUGCCGCAACUAGAGAAAGCCCUUGCACAGAAACAAAGACCCAACACAGCCCAAAAUAAAUAAAUAAAUUUAAAAAUAAAUAAACCCGGGCCCACAGGGGCACAGGCGGGGCACCCUCCCCCACCUCCUCCACAAACGCCACACAUCCCCCUCCUUUGGAGGCUAGACCAGGUCAGGAAGACCCCGUGGUUAGUCAGCGCAGCCAGCCCCGGGCCUGCACACCCAAGCUCUGGUUCUCACGAGGUGGCCCAGGAGAGAGGGAGGGCAUGGAGAGGUGGUGCGCCUCCCAGUCCUGGGGAUGAGGGGUCAGACCGUCCCACUCAUUGGAGGCCUGGUGUCAACUCCACCAGGCGCAGACCUGGGUGUCCAGGCCGGGGGAGCUUGUGGACGAUGGGGGGGUCCUAUACGUGGGGCACCAAGCUGGCACCGCCCAAGCUGUCCUGGGAGGUGGCACCCAUACCCCCCCACCCCGAUAGGUGAAGAAACCAAGGCUCAGGACGGGUGAGGAACUUGCCCAGAGCUCGUGGCAGAGCAGGGCUCGCACCCAGAACCUCUGUCAGCUCGGGAGGGACGUCUCCUAAGGCGAUGGGCCAGGGCGUGCCUCCCGGUGUGUUUAGGGACCAGCGUGUGGAGCUCUCAUCCCCUGGAAUGUGCAGCCUGAGCUCCAAAGUGCAGUUUCAUCAGCUCCGUGGCUUCCCGGGAGCUCACGUGGGACUUCUGGUCUACCAGCCUUCACCUACUUUGCUACGCACGUGCCACUUAAAAAGGGUCAAAACCGGCACUUCACCAACCAGGAGGUCCCGUGGCCACAGGGAGCUCAAAGGUGCUUAGUAUCAAGAGCCACUGGGGAUAUGCAAAUUCAGAGCAGUACACCCCGCACAGCCACCCGAACGGCCAGGGGUGCAGCACCGAGGGCUGGCAGGAUGUGAGCAACGGGAACUCUCACAGCGCGGUGGGGGGCGUGUGAGAGGGUGCAGCGUUCCAGAAAACGUUUGGCAGAUACAGUAUCUCCUAAUGCUAAACACAUGAGUACGCGUGACCCAGGGAUUCCACCCUGGUGUGUGCCUGAGAGAAGUGAGGCCAUGUCCACCGAGAGACGUGGACAGGAACGUUCCACCAGCUCUGUUCAUAGUGACCCUGAACAAGAAACAACCCAAGUGUCCAUCAAUAGCAGAAUGAACAAUAAUUGUGAUCCAGUCAUAUAAUGAAACAACACACACCAAUGAAAAAGACCCGGCUCCUGCAACAUAGAACGACAGGGAUGAAAUAGAGAGUUGGGUUUUUUUAAUGGCCCAGGUAGCCUAGAAAGGCACACAGUGACGUUCAGGACAGUGCCAGAGGCCCAGGAGUUUGAACAACAACAACAACAAAAACGUAGCUUUGAGCUCCCCGGCAGCCAAAGCAAAGAGGGAGACUCUGUAGGUUACAGAGAAGCAGAUGACUGUUCAUGAGGGACAAUCUUCCCAGCAGCACAGACCAGGAGGGCCCUGCCCCGCCCAUGUGAGGGUAUGCACGGCUCAUGCACGGCGAGGACCCGGCAGGGGGUCUCAGAAGCUCAGAAGGUGUUCCUCCCUUACGAGCAGACAGACCUCAGGCCCUCUCACUCCAAGGUAGCUAUUGCGUGGCUCCAAGACGGGCUUGACCCACUCCCCUGACUCCCUAAGGUCUGGCUCAGUGGGUCGCUGGCUUGUUCAGCCAAGGUUUUCCUAAACUAGCUCCCACUUGCUCCCAAGCUCCUGCCUGGACACGGCAAGUUCAGAGAAAUCCCCUCUCCUCUUUGGACUUCAGAUUCUCCACUCAUAAAACCCGGGGGCUUCAGCUGACCUUCCUGGCUCUCCUGCUACUUCCUCCCGUCUGGGGGUGGACAUUCCCACC